AUGAAAUCGUUUAUAGUUUGUGUUUUGUUCGUGGCUGCUUCGGCCGAUCGUCUGGAUAACACUUAUUUACCACCUGGUAAUGCUAAAACGGCUGGAGGAAAUGGAAACUUCUUGAACGCACCUUCUGCGGCUGGUUCCGGUCAUCAAGUUCCAUCCGGAUUUGGUCAAGUGAAAUCGACAGGUUUUGGUGCUCCUUCUUCUCAAUACGGUGCUCCGAGCAACAACUUUGGUCAUGCCGAGACCAACGCUUUUGGAGCUCCUUCCAAUGGUUUUGUUAAAGCUCCGUCCAAUCAGUAUCUUCCCAGCAACGGUUUCGGUGCUGCAUCCACAUCUUCCAACAAAUUUGGUGCUUCCAAAUACUCUGCUCCGUCCAGCAAUUUCGGUUCGCCAUCCAACGUAGCUCAUGGUAACAGCUUCGAAUCUUCCUCCCAAUUCUCUACUCCAUCAGCUAACUUUGCUCCUUCCAAAUACUCUGCUCCAUCCGGAAACUUCGCUUCUCAAAACCCAUCCACUCAAUACGGAGCACCAUCCACUGGAGCUCAUGGUAACAGUUUCGAAACUACCUCCAAAUUCUCUACCCCUUCAACAAACUUUGGUUCCCAAAACCCAGCUACGCAACACGGAGUCCCAUCCAACGUAGCUCAUGGUAACACCUUUGAAUCAUCUCCAAAAUUCUCUACUCCAUCUAAAAACUUUGGUUCUCAAAGUCCGUCCACCCAAUACGGCGCUCCUUCCACUGAAGCUCAUGGCAACAACUUCGAAUCCACCUCCAAAUACUCUGCUCCAUCCAGUAACUAUGCUUCUCAAAGUCCAUCCACUCAAUACGGAGCUCCAUCGACCGUAGCUCAUGGUAACACCAAGUCCUUUGGAGCUGCUCCAUCCGGACAAUAUGGAUCUCCCAGCAGACACCAAUCCGUUGACGGAAGCGCAGCUAUUCAUCGUUUCAACAACGAAAACACCGGAGAUGGCACCUACAAAUUCGAUUACGAAACCGAAAACAAGAUUUCCCAACAGGAAUCCAGCGAACUGAAGCACGGCGAAGGAAGUCAAUCCGUCGAAGGAUCUUACUCCUACGUAGGCGAUGAUGGUAAAACCUACACUGUAAACUAUGUAGCCGAUGAGAACGGAUUCCGUCCGGUCGGUGAACACAUCCCAGAAGCCAUCCAGAUUUUGGCCAAGAAAGCCGGUGAAGCUGGUUCCCAAGAAAAUGUUCAGGGAUAUAAUGGAAAUGCUCAAGAAUAUAAUGGAAACGCUGAAGGAUUCAAUGGGAAUGCUAAAGGAUUCGUUCAAAACACUCAAGAAUUCAGUGGAAAAAUUCAUGGAUUAAGUGGAAAUGCUCCUGGAUCCAAUGGACAUACUCAUGGGUUCAAUGGAAAUCCUCAAGGAUUCGCUCAAAAUACUCAAGAAUUCAGCGGAAAAAUUCAUGGAUUAAGUGGAAAUGCUCCUGGAUCCAAUGGACAUACUCAUGGGUUUAAUGGAAAAAUUAAAGAACUCAAUGGAAAUACUCAUGGAUUCUCUGGAAAAACUCAAG